ACUAGGAAGUAUUGCAAGCUGUACAAGAAUAGGAAGAGAAAACAAUACCAGCAGCCUGAAGUUUUGACAUGCACGAUCAGCAUAUCAAGAGAGUACACUCCGAUCAUGAAAUUGUUAAUGCACGACGGAGAACGGUUGUCGAUCUAGGAUAAACGUAAGAUGAGGCCCUUGCUUUUAUAUACACGAUAAGAUUUGUCAUACAAUGGAUCCUCAACACAGCGCCCAGGAUGUGUUGCGGUGUGACCAAUGUGAUGCACUUGUCCCCAAACUAUACUGUGACAUCUGUCAUCAUAACCUUUGCAAGAACUGUGUGGGAGAACACCUGUUGGACGAAUCAAAAAAACACAACGUAGUGCCAUUCAAAAACCGUAGAUCUACAGUUUUAUAUCCUAUUUGUCAAAAACAUACAACAAGGCAAUGCGAGCUAUUUUGUGAACAAUGUGCCAGCCCUAUAUGCUCAAGUUGUGUGUCCUCAAGAGACCAUAAUAGACACAAAUUUCUUGAUAUUUUUGAUAGUCUUGAAAGGCAAAGAGAAGAUUUACAAAAAGACUUGCAUGAAUUGGAAACAUAUAUUUAUCCACGAUAUCAACAGAUGGCAUCCAACAUCAUCGCCCAUAAAGCUGAUCUGUGUCAAAAUUCUCAAAAAUUGACAAUAGACUUAAACAAACAAAGAGAAAUAUGGCAACAAGAAAUGGAAACUGUAAUCAGCAACCUUAAAUCUAAUGCUGAUGAAAUGGAAACCAAACAACUUGGUCUUUUGAACAACCAAGAAGAUAAGAUUUCACGCACUAUUUCCGAAAUCACACAGAAUAUUAUUGAUCUAAAGAAGUUACUUGAUUCCAGUGACAUGUGCCUUCUUGUCCAUGAAUAUAAAUCCAGGAACGCUGAAUUUCGAAAAUUUCCCCCUCAAUGCAAGGUUUCGUUGCCAAUUUUUUCUCCACUUCCAAUCGAUACAGAACAAGUUCAAAAGCAAUUUGGUACCCUGUCACCAUUUUCCUUAAAAACAGAAGAACAUGUUUACGUCAAUGAAGAUGCAAAUUCUGACGUCAUUCCCUCAGGCAGCCCUCUGCUAGAUGUCCCCCAGAUCAGAACGACCAUAAACACAGCUAUAGGCCAUAGUUUUAUAAACAGUGUGGCCUGUCUUAGUGAAGAGGAAAUAUGGACUUGUGGUGUUGACAGCACUAUGAAACUACAUAAUCUCCAGGGACAACUAUUGAAGUCCAUCGAAACCAAGUCAGGAUACGUGCCUUCUGACAUAGCAGUGACAAGAGAUGGCUCUCUAGUUUAUACUGAUCCUGAUGACAGAACUGUCAACAUGGUGAAGAAUACAAAACCUAAGGAAGUGAUCAGACAACAGGGAUGGAGGCCUCGCAGUGUCUGUGUCGCCAUGUCUGGUGACCUCCUGGUGAUCAUGCUCAGCGACGACAACAGAAGAACUAAAGUUGUACGUUAUUCUGGCUCCAUAAAGAAACAAACCAUUCAAUUCAAUGACAAAGGUCAACCUCUUUAUUCAUCUGGUCACGCCAAAAAAUGUAUCACCGAGAACAAGAAUCUAGAUAUUUGUGUGUCCGACUACAUGGCCGGUUCAGUUAUAGUUGUCGAUCAGACCGGAAAUCUCAGAUUUACAUACAACGGUCCACCGACAAAGAGACAAUUUGACCCGAUUGGCGUUGCUACAGACGACCAGAGCCGUAUCCUGACAGCGGACGGCAACGAUUACCGAAUCCAUAUCAUUGAUCAAAAUGGAAAGUUUCUUCGGUUCAUUGACAAUUGUCAUUUGCAAAAUCCAUGUGAUUUAUGCGUGGAUACCAAGAACAACCUCUUUGUAGCUGAGAAAAGAACUGGGAAAGUGAAGAAAAUUCAGUAUUGUGGUUCCACCAUCAUUCGUUGAACGCCAAUUUUUGUAGACAGUUGGUGAUGGAAGAAAUCGGAUAAAAACCAAGUUUUGAUCAGCUCUGAAUAUCUUAUGUAGGACAUGAUUGCAUCUGUAAAUUUCUAUAUAACAUGACAAUAAACAAACUAUGUGUAUUCACAACUAUGUUUGUUAAAUGCUACAUGUUCAAGAUUUAAAAGCAACUUGUAAUUGCUAUUCGCUUUAUUAUUAUAAAGUCAGCAAAGUACAAAUGUUAAAAGAUUAUAUGGACAAUGUACAGCUGCCAACUUUUAUAUUGUUCUCAUUCAUUGAAUCAAUUAAAAUUUAAAAGUGGU